AUGUCUACGCGCCCCGCCUCUACUUCCACCAACCCUGCGCCCGCCCCGCCGCGCCCUUACACGGUCAACACUGCGACGAAAGUGCUGGACAGUACCCAUGGUCGCAUCCUUUGCAUUGCGGAUAUUCGCGGUCGCCUGUCGGCGCUCAAUGACCUCGCGCGCGAAGCCGGUGCGCAGGCCAUUAUUCAUACUGGCGACUUUGGUUUAUUCGAGGCUUCAAGUCUUGACCGAAUUCACGACCGCACCCUGCGCCACCUCACAAUGUAUUCUCCGCUCCUCCCCUCCGCCCAGCGCAACCACCUUCUAGCACCCGACAACCCGCCCGCGUCCGUCCGGUCGACGCUUACCAUCAAUAUGCUCUCCGAGUUUCCUCUUCUACUGUCUGGCCAGAUCAAACUCCAGGUCCCCGUUUACACCGUGGCGGGAGCGUGCGAAGAUGUUCUCGUACUCGAGAAGUUCCGCACCGGCCAGUACACCAUCCCGAACUUGACUGUCCUGGACGAGGCCACAACUCGUGUUCUUGAUGUCGGUGGCGUCAAGCUACGUCUACUCGGUCUUGGCGGAGCCUUCGUCCCGCACAAGAUGUUCGACAACGGCGACGGAAACGCGACAAUCGCCGGUGGUGGAGGAACUAUCUGGACGACCAUGCUGCAAAUGGGCGAGCUUGUCGACACAGCGCAGCGUGUAUUCGACCCCACCGAGACACGUCUACUAGUCACGCAUGCUUCCCCCGGCCGCGAGGGCCUGCUCUCAUCACUCGCUCUCACGCUGAAAGCCGACUUGACCAUGAGUGCCGGCUUGCACUUCCGCUACGCCAGCUCCUGGAACGAGUUCUCCGUGCAGGGCGACUACGAUGGUUUCCGUGCCAAGCUUCGCGCCGGCAAGGAUGCCUUCAACCGUGUAUGGGAUAGCGUGAAGACGCAGGUCGAUCAGGUCAUCGACGACAACCAGCGCGUAUUGCUCGACAAGGCGCUCGCUGUCGUCGACCGUGUACCCCCCGCUAUUGCGCAAGCUGGCGAGGAGCCUGCAUGGAAGAACUGCUGGAAUUGGAACUUGUGCGAUGCUGCGUAUGGGAACCUCGUUCUCGACGUACGCGAUGGUCGCGUCAGCGCGGAGUUGAAGUCGCAGGGCUUCAACUACGCCUACCGUCGUUCCGCCACGCCAUCGAGUGGCGCAACUCCCACGGCCGCCAAUGCCAACACCGCGCUUCAGGCAACCGGCACGCCUGGCAUGGCUAUGACAUCCAAAGCAGUCAGCCCCGCCCCGCCCGCUCCCGCCGCACCAUCAGCACCAUCUCCCGCACCUCCCAAACCCGUUUCUCCCGCACCCGCCGCAGAAGCAUCCACGACCCCGAAAACGAACGGCACGUCGUCUCCUGUGGAGAAGAGCGAGAAAGAGAAAGAGAAAGCCGAGCGGGAAAAGGCCAAGAAGAAGGAGAAGCGUGACAAGAAGAAAGAGCGCGAUGCGGCCGCACGCGCGGAGGCCGCCUCGCCCGCACCUGCAGCCUCCGAAGCAGCUGAGGCCGACAAGCCUUCCUUAAGCGUGCAGCCCGUCGACGGCGAGGCACCCGAGAGCGGGCUGAUGAGUCCUCGCACGGACAGCACAGGUGCACGCACGCCAACGAGCAAACGCGCACCGCGGAACCCAUGGACACUGUUCAUGCGUAUACCGAUCCCGGCGAAUGAGCAGGAGGUCAGGGAGUUCUUCCAGGACGCGAAGGCUGGUAUCACCAAGGUGCAUUUCCCGCAGUCUUCGUUUGCUGGGAGGGAGAAGCGGCUGGCGUACGUUGAAUUCGGCGAUGAGGAGGCUAUGAAGGCUGGAUUGGAGAAGCAUGCCGAGAAACUCAACGAUGGUGUACCGGAUGUGAAGGUCGCUGAUCGGGAGCCCAGAGAAGGCGGCUCGUUCCGUGGUCGCGGCCGCGGGAGGGGAGGCUUCGUCUCCCGCGGUUUCGCCGCGGCCGGUCUUGCGCGCGGCGGUGCGCCCAAGUCCAACGGCGACUCGUAG